AUGAUCUUUUCAACAACUCCCAUGAUGGAUGGCCCAGAAUACCUGGAGAGGCGCAGGACACCGUUCUCACCUCCUACCGUCACGCUGAAGGAGAUCCACGAUGCCGUUCCGAAGCAUCUUCUCAAAGGCAAUCCCGUCCUUGCGACGAUGUACGUCCUUCGUGACAUAUCAUUCACCCUACUGCUCUUCAAAUUAGCCUCGUGCAUCGGCGAAACUGAAGGGUACAUAGCCAGCCCAGUAUUCAGAAUACUCGUAAAGUCUUUGUUGUGGCUUGCCUAUUGGUGGGUCCAGGGUUUGGUCUGGGCUGGGAUAUUUUGUCUUGGCCACGAUGCAGGACACGGUACUCUUUAUCGUUCCACGAGGACGAACAAUAUCGUGGGCUUUGUGUUGCAUACGGCAUUGCUGAUUCCUUACUUUGCAUGGCGCGCUACGCACCAUGCACAUCAUAAAACAACAUCUUCCAUGGAACGCGAUGAGAACUAUGUUCCCUACUUGCGGAAUGAUUACAAACUACCUUCUAAGGAAAAGGCAAAGCAGUUCGAUUAUGACGAGGUCUUCGAGGAGACACCAAUUUAUACCCUUUGGAGGAUGCUCAUCAUGCAGGGCUUUGGAUGGUGGGUGUAUCUAGCGAAAAACACCAUGGGAUCUAAAAUGUAUUCCCCUGGGACUAACCACUUUGAUCCUGAUUCACCGCUGUUCAAGCCGGAACAGAGAAAUGCCAUAAUAAUUUCCGACAUUGGUUUAGUCGCGAUGGUCCUCCUUCUCUCUUACGCGGGGCCCAAUUUCUUCUUCAAGUACUACCUGAUCCCUUAUAUAGUAAUGAUGUUCACGUACCUCCAUCAUUCCGAUCCCACUAUACCGCACUAUAGAAAGGCGGAAUGGUCAUUCCUCCGCGGUGCGGCGGCAACAGUUGACCGACCCCUCCUAGGCUGGAUGGGGAGGUUUUUCUUCCAUAACAUCAGUCAUGAUCAUGUGGCUCAUCACUUUUUCUCGAGUGCUCCGUUUUAUAACGGCCCAGCAAUCACCCAGAUCGUCAAGAAUGUUCUCGGUCCGAGUUAUAACUACGAUUCAACGCCAUCAUUUUACGCACUGUACCGCUCAUUCACGCAAUGCCUCUUCGUCGAGGAAGAGGGUGACAUAAUUUUCUACAAGAACAAGAAUGGGGAAACGGCCCGAGAAGUUGCGUAUGGCGCUGUCAAGAGGAUCAGAGUGGCCGAGGUGGAUGAUGAAGAGGAUGACGACGAGGAUGAGGAUGAUGUUGUAGAAGUCGUUGAUUGA